AUGAGGUGGACCAGCUUCCUGCCCCUGCUGCUGCUGUCGGCAGAGGCAGCACAUCACAAGCGCCACUACGACGAGCAGGACUACUAUGCCGUCCACAUCCGAUCAGGUGUUGAUCCAGAGCUCGUUUCACGGCAGCUUGGUAUGCAUCUGGAGGGCCCCCUCGGCGAAUUGGACGACCACUACAUCCUCCGCGCGGCCGAGAAAAGGCACGAGUACGACCAUGUAAAAACCGCAAAGCGCGAUCUACAGCAAAGGCGAAGGAAACGAGAAGCUGACGCUGGCGAACCGCACAUUUUGGAUCACGUGCUAUUAUCACAAAAGCAGGAGCUACACAAGCGUUUUCCACUAGUAAAGCGCCGCGCGCCCUCUCCAUUCGCAGUCAGGCAGGGAAAUGCCUUUGGGGCAGCACAGGCUGAUGCCGAGGCCGUUCAGGAGGGUCUGGCUAUUGCCAAGAAUCUCAGCAUCCAGGAUCCCAUCUUUCAGGAGCAGUGGCAUUUGCAUAACACGGUAGAGCUCGGGCAUGAUAUCAAUGUUACGGGAGUAUGGCAGCAGGGAAUCACUGGCAAGAACAGCACCGUCUGUAUUGUGGACGAUGGACUGGACAUGGACAGCGACGACUUAAGGGACAACUACUUUGCCGAGGGGAGCUACGAUUUCAACGAUCAGGUCGAUGACCCCAAGCCUAGGUUGUCUGACGAUAAGCAUGGCACCCGAUGCGCUGGAGAGAUCAGUGCUGUCCGGAACAACGUCUGUGGAGUUGGUGUUGCAUACGAUGGAAAAGUCUCGGGUUGUCGCAUUCUUUCCAAGGUCAUCUCGGACGCAGAUGAAGCCAUUGCAUUGAAUUACAAGAUGCAGAAGAACCAGAUUUACUCAUGCUCGUGGGGACCCCCUGACGAUGGCAGGGCCAUGGAACAACCUGGGAUUUUGAUCCGAAGGGCCAUGGUGAACGGCAUACAGAAAGGUCGUGACGGCCUUGGCAGUAUCUUCGUCUUUGCGAUAGGAAACGGAGCCGCAAAUGAUGAUAACUGCAAUUUCGACGGCUACACGAACAGCAUCUACUCUGUCUCUGUGGGCGGAAUUGACAGGAAAGGAUUGCAUCCGUACUACAGCGAGAAGUGCUCUGCACAAUUGGUCGUCACCUACUCAAGCGGAUCCGGCGAUGCUAUUCACACGACGGACGUGGGCAAGGAUCUUUGUUACGUCAACCACGGCGGCACCUCUGCAGCUGGUCCUUUGGUGGCAGGCAUCUACGCUCUCAUGCUCGAGACAAACCCCAAGUUGACAUGGCGAGACAUCCAAUGGCUUACGGUCAUCACCGCAGUCAAGAUCGACCAAGAGAGUGACUAUCAAAAGAACGAAGCUAUGGGCAAGGACUUCAGCCAUCAGUUUGGUUAUGGCAAAGCCGACGCCUAUGCGCUCGUCGAAGCUGCCAAGACCUGGAAGAACGUUAAGCCACAGGCCUGGUACUACAGCCCUUGGUUGCACGUCAACCACCCCAUCCCUCAAGGAGAAACCGGACUUGCUUCAAGUUUUGAAGUGACGGAGAAGAUGAUCAAGGACGCCAACUUGGCACGCCUGGAACAUGUCACCGUCACGAUGAACGUGGAGCACGCCCGACGUGGAGACCUGUCAGUCGAGCUCAAGAGUCCGACGGGAAUGGUCAGCCACAUUGCGACUCACCGCAGGAACGACGAUGCCAACUCGGGAUACAUUGACUGGACGUUCAUGAGUGUGGCUCAUUGGGGAGAGUCAGGUAUCGGGAAGUGGACUGUCAUCGUGAAGGACACGAAGGUCAAUGAGCACAGUGGAACUUUCACGGACUGGCACCUGAAACUUUGGGGAGAGUCUAUCGAUGGUGACAAGCAGGAGCUUCUUCCCAUGCCUACCGACCACGACGAUGAUGACCACGAUCAUGAUCAAUACACGACGGAAACCGUCUCUGCGCAUACCACUACUGUGGCUGCUCCAACGGAGACCGGCGAGCCUGAAGGAAACCCGACCGACCACAUUACUCGACCACUUCACCCAGGCAAACCAACAUCCACCUCCGCCCAAGCCACACCAACCUCACCGCUAGACCUCGGUCAUGAGGAGGAUCAACAGAACGGGACUCCAACACCGACCUCAACAGCCGACGACUCCCACUGGCUCCCGCACAUCUUCCCGACCUUCGGCGUAAGUAAGAAGACGCAGAUCUGGAUUUACGGAGCCUCAGCCCUGAUCGUCCUCUUCCUCGUCGGGCUCUGCGCAUGGAUCAUCCUCUACCGCCGCAAGAAGCGACGGAUGAACCGCGACGACUAUGGCUUCGAGAUGGUCGACCAUGAUGAUUUCGAUGAGAGCGCGUCGCUUGCUAAUGGUGGGAAGAAGAGGUCGAGGAGGGCUGGCGAGUUGUAUGAUGCGUUUGCGGAGGGGAGCGAGGAUGAGGGGGAGGCGUUUGGCCUUGUGGGGGAUAGCGAUGAGGAGGAUGAUGAGGAUGAGGAUCGGAGAGGGCAUGUGGGUGGGGCGAAGGAGGAGAGGUAUAGAGACGAGGAGCCCAAGGUCGAAGGCUCGGACGUCCGGUAG